UUCUACAGCGAGAAGUUUGGAGAGCACGCAUAUGUGACCGCAAACACCCCGGCCACAAGCGAGAAGUUGUGCUCGUGGGCCACGACUGGGGCGGCAUGAUCAGCAUGUGCUUCGCCACUUUGCACGAGAAAAUGAUUGACAAGAUGGUGCUCAUCAACAGUAUGCAUCCCAAGGCCUUCAUGAAGCAGCUUUUCCGUAGCCCUACGCAAAUGAGGAUGUCAUGGUACCAGCUUCCAUUCCGACGCCCUGUUGUGCCCGAGCAGUAUCUGAUCCUGAAAGACUUUGCCUUCUUCGACGAUGUGCACAAGGGCUUCACGAAGGAGGAGGAAUACGCCCACAAGUACAUGUACUCGCGGCCAGGAGCACUGACGGGUACAAUCAACUACUACCGCGCCUUCAACAACGACAGUGACCAGUUGAACAAGAUACCCUACCGCAAAAUCAAUGUCACCACACUCAUGCUUUGGGGCAAAAAAGAUGAGUUCAUUACCGCGCCCGUCGCCCGAUACAACCAGGAGUGGUUGUCGAAGUCGCUGGUGGUCUACUACGAAGGAGCGGGUCACUUUGCACAGCGGGAAUGCCCCACGCAUGUGACCGAGCGCAUCCGAGAAUUUGCUAGCACCGGCAGCGUGAAUGUGGCGGAGGACACCCGUUGGUCUUGGUGGAAGCCGGCCACACCCAUGUGCAGCGAGUCCAAGGAAGCGGGUGCUGGAUGGACAGCCCAAAGUCUUCCUUUCAUUCCUGAUGGCGCGGAGCUUCCCAAGACCAUGACAGCAUAGAUACCUUCAGUCUCCGCAACUUUGCAGCUUUCAGCCGUAAGAAGCUAAAACAUUGAAUAAAAUUGCUA